AUGCGCCGUUCCAAUGUGUCUAACAUCCAAAAGCCUACUACUGGUAAUGCACCGAGUAAACGCUCUCGUGUGCAAACUAUUGAUCAGCCAUGCCCAAAUGGAUCCCGUUCUACUUCAGGUAGUGCAAUAAGUAAACGCUCUCGUGUGCAAACUACUGAUCAGCGAUGCGAAAAUUCUGUAGAAGAUGGACUCAAUUCUGCUAUUGGUACCACUACAGAACGAACUACUACUGGGGUCAGAAUUAGUUCACGUCUUCAGCAUCAAACUGCUAAUGAUCAGCUAUUGAUAAAUGUUACAACUGAAGAGCAAAAUGAUAAUGUGAUGUCAGCCAGUAAUCAAGACCCUCCUACAGGUCCAACAAAAAAGGUGCGGGGAAAGACAAGAGGAGUGAAUGCAGAUAAGGUGCUUUCUCAAUUGAAUGCUAAAAUACCUGUCACUCUGACCGAACAAAAUGGCAGGCCUACAGGCCCAUAUGCUGAAAUGUUGGCCAAUGAAAUUGGUUUCACAGUUCGAAACCAUGCCCCACUAAAUGUGGAAAAAUGGAAGAAGAUUCCGAAAAUUGAAGUGGAUAAGUUGGUUAAAAGAAUAACGAACAAGUUUGACAUUGACAUGUCUCUCCCUUGGGUCGAGAGAUAUGUAAUUACAACAUGUCAGACUGUAUUUUGUAAUUUUCGUUAUAAGUUGAAGAAACAUUUUGAGAAAUUUUCAACAAUCGAGGAAGCAAUUGAAAACAAACACGAUGAUGUCAAGACUCAGGAAGAAUGGGAGUUUCUCUGUGCUCGUUUUUCUAGUGAAAAGUUUCAGAUUCGUUCAUAGAAGAAUGCUAUAAAUAGGUCAAAGUUGACACAUCACCACAAAGCUGGGUCAAAGUCAUUUAUGUCUCACCAAGA